CAGGGACUUCUUUUCUGAAGGGAAACGCAAACAGUUUGUUUUGUCUUUGUGGAUUAUGAGACUGGCUUUCAUUUUUAUAAUCAGGACUCGAUGUGCUUCUAUGCACUUACUGAAACCUGGAUCAAGCCAGAGGACACUGCCACACCGGCUGCCCUCUCCAAUAACUACACUUUCUCUCACAGCCCACGCAGAUCAGGGAGGGGUGGAGGAACCGGUCUACUUAUCCCCAACGACUGGAAAUUCAAACAGCUGGCACCCUCGUGUGACAACAUCUCCUUCGAGUCACAUGCUGUUACUAUCAUCCACCCUGUUAAAACUCAUGUUGUGGUUAUCUAUCGUCCCCCAGGUCAGCUUGGACAUUUCUUGGAGGAGUUGGAUACGCUUCUGUCAUCCUUCCUCGCCGAGGAUGGUACUCCUCUGGUGGUACUUGGAGACUUCAACAUCCACCUUGAAAAACCGCAGGCUGCCGACUUCAACAACCUGACUGCAUCGUUUGACCUCAAGCGAGUUCCCACUUCAGCAACUCAUAAGUCUGAUGUUUAACAAAGCUCAUGGCUCUGAAAAGCGAGGUGUGCUGUGAUUGGCCAGUUCACCAGUGCGUAGUGAUUGGUGGAAUACUGCAAGCGUGUGAGGGAAAUGUGACGCCUCUGACCAUAUCUGGAACAUCAGGUUCCUCUUCAGUUGUACUGACAGGUACGCCCAUCUUACUUGCGUCUACAUUUGGGCGGUCUUAGUCCAAUCAGACCACCAACUGACGUAGAUUUGUGGGGGUGUGGCUACACGAGGUGUUUCAGGCAGGUCUGGGUCUUUUGUUCCCACACUUUCAUUUCUGCAAUUUUACACGUCUAAUACAUGCAUGAGCAACUUAUAACACACCAAAGACACAGAACAACACGUGUUCGUGCCAUAUGAAAUACGUAUGUAUGGAUAUAUUACAUUAUUCGAUAUGAUAUUAUUUAUUGCUUAAUAUUUUAAGUGAAUGUAGUAGAAAUAUGCGUUAAAAGCAAAACAUUUCAACCAAUGUUGUGCAACAUAAUUAUUUUAUUCUAGACUUAGAGCUUUAAUACUAAAGUUAAAGCACCACUUUCUCGAAAGAUUUAACAUUGAACACUUCAAAUAGUUGAUAUGACGUCUUUAUUCAGCAUCAUAAUCUAGUGAUAUUUGACUAAAUAUGUGAUUUUAAAUGUCCUGUAAACUUCAUGAUGUGAAGUAUUUGAAGGGAAUGUUUAUCAUCAUCAGUGUGAUUUUCUUUCUCAGAUGUGUGUUUAGCAUGAACUGUGAACUCAUGAACUGAAUAUUUCCAAAUAAAGAAAUCUCCCCUGCCGUGUGUUUCUGCUGAAAGAAUCACUGAAAUGAGGAAUUGAGAUUUAUUUCACCGCAGUCCUAAACUCUUCCUGUGUGCUUCUUUAACCUUUUAUCUCUCAAGACCACAAAAUGCAAAUAAACUGAAAAUGUGAUCAUUGAGAUCUUCAAUAAAAUCAUGUGUAGGUCAUGAGUAAACGGGGGUUUUGUGGGGAGUGAAAAUGUUUUCUUUGCUUCAGCGUUCACUGUCAGUUUUUACAGUUUCUUUGUAAAAAUAUUCUUGUAAUAUGAAAUGAACACAUCUUUGGCAGCAUCUAGAUUUGAUGUAAAAGCACAGACCUCAGGAUGGGUUAGAAAUGUAAAUAUUAUUGAUGAAAAUGAUGUUUCAGAGCAGCUGUUAAACCGAUGAGAAGUGAAACGGAGUUGAAAUGAUGAUGAUGUGAUGAAAUACAGUAAAGUCACGUGACACACACAGUUGAGGGCCUUGAUGUUGUUGAGCAGUAUUUUCAGGGCACUUGACUUGUAGAGGUCGUGAUGAUCAGAGGUGUUGGUCAUCAUCAGAUGGUUUUACUGAAGAGAUGCUGUCGAUCUGUUCAUCACUGCUCAGCUUUAAUCUACAGACAACAUUCACGUGAUGAGGACACGGUCAGAAUGGAGGAGAUGAUGUUGCGUCCCGUCAGAGGUCACGAUGUGAGGCUGAAGAUGCUCGCAGCACCCGUCAAUCCUGCCGACAUCAACAUGAUCCAGGGUUCAUACCCGAUCCUGUGUCCUCUUCCUGCUGUGGGGGGGAAUGAGGGGGUGGGAGAGGUGAUAGAGGUGGGCAGUGAUGUCACAGCUCUCAAGCCUGGUGAUUGGGUCGUGCCCAUUGAUGCUGGCUUUGGUACGUGGAGGACAGGUGUUGUGUGUAAAGAUCAUGACGUGAUGUCUGUUUGUAAACACAUCUCUGUGUUGGGAGCUGCUACAGUGUUUGUGAAUCCCUGCACUGCAUACAGAAUGCUGAAAGACUUUCAAUCCCUCACACCAGGUUGUACGGUCCUUCAGAACGGAUCGAACAGUGCGGUGGGACGUGCAGUCAUUCAGAUGGCAUCAGCUCUGGGGCUUCAAACUAUAAACAUCAUUAGAGACAGACCAAACUGUGCAGAACUGACCCAGGAGCUGAAGUCAGUGGGAGCUGAUUAUGUCCUCACAGAAGAGGAAGUGAUGUCAUCAGGGCUUUCCAAGAUCUUUAAGGAGGUUCCUAAACCUAAACUGGGUCUGAACUGUGUUGGAGGUUCGAGCGGAGGACUCGUGUUGUCUAAUCUCGAUCAUGGAGGUACGAUGAUCACUUAUGGAGGCAUGGCCAGAAAACCCCUUCAGAUACCCACUAAGUCUUUAAUAUUCCAGAAUGUGACUCUGAAAGGAUUCUGGCUCACUCAGUGGAAGAAAAACCACAGGAAAGAUGAAGUUCAGAUGAAGCUCAUGUUAGAUCAUGUGUGUGAUCUCAUGAGAGACGGUCGUCUGACCGCCCCACCCUGUGUCCCGACUCCAUUUCAUCAAUACACACGAGCAUUACACGCUACUGUACAAUCACACCAGCGCAAACAUGUUCUUAUCAUGUAGACUCAUGUGUA